UCAAAGCGCUUCGCGCCCUCCCCCGAGAUAUGGAAUAAGGCACAUUUGCCUUUGCUCCAAAAGCCAGGACAGCUACUUCCCAGCGCUGUGCUGUAUCAACAUGACAAGAGCUCCGCGAUUCUGGUUAGGGAAACAUGGAGCUGUUUAAAACACUAACUCUCAUGCUUUGGAUAUUACUGCUACAAAGGAGGCAGGGCUGCCUCGCAGAAGAAGUUGUCCUGCUGAACUCAAAGGAAUCCCAGGCAGAGCUGGGUUGGACGUCUUAUCCCGCAAAUGGGUGGGAAGAGAUCAGCGGUGUGGACGAGAAGUACAAGCCCAUCAGGACGUACCAGGUGUGCAACGUGAUGGAGCCCAACCAGAACAACUGGCUGCAGACGGGUUGGAUCAGGCGCCAAGGUGGCCAGCGCAUCUUCAUCGAGCUGCAGUUUACGCUGCGUGACUGCAACAGCAUCCCGGGGGUGGCCGGUACCUGCAAGGAGACCUUCAACCUGUUGUAUGCUGAGUCUGACCUGGACCUGGGUCAGGUGACCCGCGAGGACCGCUACACCAAGAUCGACACCAUCGCCGCUGACGAGAGCUUCACACAGGGCGACUUGGGCGAGCGCAAGAUGAAACUCAACACGGAGGUGCGGGAGAUCUGGCAGCUCAGCCGGCGCGGCUUCCACUUGGCCUUCCAGGACGUGGGCGCCUGCGUUGCCCUGGUGGCCGUUCGCGUGUACUACAAGCGAUGCCCGUCCACCGUGCAGAGCCUGGCCGUGUUCCCCGAUACGGUGGCGGAGGCAGCGUUCGCCACGCUGGUCGAAGUGCGUGGCGUCUGCGUCAACAACUCGGAGGUGGACCCCGACAGCGCUCCCAGGAUGCACUGCAGCGCUGAGGGCGAGUGGCUCGUCCCCAUCGGGAAGUGCAGCUGCAGUGCUGGGUUCGAGGAGGGCCACAGCAGCUGCGAAGCCUGCCCCCCUGGCUCAUACAAGAUGUCAUCCCAGCAGCAGGAGUGCUUCCCAUGCCCUCGGCACAGCAUCACCGAAGAGGAAGGCUCUGUGCUCUGCGUGUGUGAGAAAGGCCAUUACCGGACGCCGCUGGACAGUCCGGCGUCCGCUUGCACACGCCCCCCCUCUCCCCCCAGGAACCUCAUCUACACAUUGAAGCAGUCCACGCUGGUGCUGGAGUGGACCCCCCCGGCCGACACCGGGGGCCGCGGUGACCUGUCCUACAGUGUGGGCUGCAUCCGCUGCCCGGGGCAGGGACCUGUGCCCCGAUUGGCUGAGUCAGUGGCUGGGGUGAGGCCUGGGCAGGAGGCGGGGUCUCCUGGAGAAUGUGAGCCCUGUGGGGCCAACGUGGGCUUCCUGCCCCAGCAGAGCGGCCUGACGGAGCACAGUGUCACCGUGCUGCACCUGCUGCCUGGCUCCAACUACACCUUCACCGUGGAGGCCCUGAACGGCGUGUCCGACAUGCUGCGCAGCCUGAGGUCCUACGCCCAGGUCCACGUGUCAACCAGCCUAUCAGGCGCAUCUGCAGUCAGCGAGCUGCGCGCUGAGAAGAUCGAGCAACGCAGUGUCGUUCUGGUGUGGAGAGAGCCCAGGCACCUGAACAGCAGCCACACCGAGUACGAAGUCAAGUACUAUGAGAAGGACGAGAAGGACCAGAGCUACUCCACAGUUAAAACCACGGCCACCCGGGUCAGCGUCGGGAACCUCAAGCCCGGCACCGCCUACGUCUUCCUUGUCCGGCUGCGCUCUGCCCCCUCCUCUUCCUUGCUGUCCUCCUCGGCCCUCUCCUCCUCCUCUUCCUCAUCGUCCUCGCUCUCCUCCUCUUCUCCCUCCUCCUUGUCUGCUUCCUCACUGCUGGAUUACGGGGCCUACAGUGCCCCCCUGGAGCUGCAGACGCUGGGCGAGUUGGCGCUGGCCUCCAGUGAGCAGAGCCCCGUGGUGAUCAUCGUGGUCGUCUCAGUGGCUGCCCUCAUCAUGCUGCUUUCUCUGGGGGUCGGCCUGCUCAUCUGGAGAAGCUCCUCCAACAUAGCUCCAGCUAGCGUGGUGCUGCUCUCCACCUCCUCCUCUUCUCCACCUCUUCCUCCUCCUCCUCCUUCUCCUUCCUUCACCCAGCCUUCUCCCAGGCACUGCGGCUACAGAAAGGCCAGCCAGGAAGGCGACGAGGAGCUCUACUUUCAGUUUAAGAUCCCGACGCGGAGGACAUAUAUCGACCCUGAGACGUGUGAGGACCUGGUGCAGGCCGUACAUGUGUUCGCCAAGGAGCUGGACAACUCCAGCGUGAAGAUCGAGCGCAUCCUGCACACAGGCGAGUUCGGGGAGGUGUGCCGCGGCUGCCUGAGGCUGCCCAGCAAGCGGGAGUUGCCAGUGGCAGUGAAGACGCUGCGGACGGGCUGCUCAGAGAAGGGCCGGCACUGCUUCCUGAGCGAGGCUGGCAUGCUCGGCCAGUUUGAUCACUCCAACGUCGUGCGGCUGGAGGGGGUCAUCACCAGAGGCAGCACCCUGAUGAUCGUGGUGGAGUGCAUGUCCAACGGGGCCCUGGAUUCCUUCCUCAGGAAGCACGAGGGCCAGCUGAGUGUGCUGCAGCUGCUGGACAUGCUGAGUGGUGUCGCCGCCGGCAUGAAGUACCUGGCAGAGAUGGGCUUCGUGCACCGACGCUUGGCCGCCCGCAAGGUGCUGGUCAGCAGCAGCCUGGCCUGCAAGGUGUCCGGCUUUCGGCCCCCGCAGGACGACAGGCUGGAGGCGGCGGUCUACACCACACUGCACGGGGGCAAGAGCGCCGUCUUGUGGAUGGCGCCCGAAGCCAUGCAGUACCACCGGUUCAGCGCCGCCUCGGACGUCUGGAGCUUCGGCAUCGUCAUGUGGGAGGUCAUGUCCUUCGGGGAGCGGCCAUACUGGGACAUGGGCAGCCAGGACGUGCUGAAGGCCAUCGAGGACGGCUUUCGCCUGCCCGCGCCUGUGAAUUGCCCCGCCCCCCUGCACCAGCUGAUGCUGGAAUGCUGGCAGAAGGAGCGUGCGGAGCGGCCCAAAUUCAGCCAGAUCCACAGCGCGCUGAGCAAGGCGGCACGCAGCCCCGAGGGCACCACCGCCGCCGCCACACUGGCACGCACCAGGCUCCUGAGCUCCUCCAUCCCGCUGUCACAGCGCUCCGUAGCCUCACUGCCCUCCUUCAGCUCCGUGGGCGAGUGGCUGGACACGGUGGACAUGGGCCGCUACAAAGACAGCUUCACAGCGGCCGGCUACUGCUACCUGGAAUCUGUGGCCCGCAUGACUGUCCAGGACGUGCUGAGCUUGGGAAUCACCUCCUUGGAACACCAGAAGCAGAUCCUGGCCGCCAUCCAGACGCUGAGAGCUCAGGUUAUUCAGAUGCACGGCCGCGGAGUGCAGGUGUAGCAGACAGACGGAGCGAGAGGAGGGACCCCGGGGCCCACUGUGAGGGCCCGUCUGCUGCCAGGGGGACUCACCAGCGCCGCCCGGCCACUGAGCGGCACCCUCCGCCCAUCUUCCUCGUCCUCCCACAUUUCCUUAUCACCCUCCUCUUCCUCAGACCUGGGAGGGACUCCACUUGGCACGGCAAGGUUAAGUCUGCUCGGGUGCUCUCUCUCACAGGAAGUCACGUGACUGUGUCUGUAAACGCCAAUGUCCUGGGGAGAGACUCUGAUGCAAUUGGGGCUCCGUGAUUUUGGGCAUGAGGACCUGAACCCACAGAGAGCCGUGCCCGACCCACGUUCAGAUCUGUGCCAGACACGGCAGACACAGCCCGUCCAGCACUGCAUGAUAGGAGACGGCAGGCCCCGAGUCACUGCAGUCACAUGAUGAGUGGUCACAUGAUUAAUUGGCAAGGCUACUUGCACUGCAGUCAGUGUGGUCAGAAGCUUGUGUUUGCUACAGUCAUGGAUCAGUAAGAAAGACAUGGACCUCAUUUCAGGUAAACGUGUUUGGGUGUCGAACGCUGGAAACUGAUCUUUAUAAAAUCAAAGAAGGUUUUUGAGUGGCAUUCGUUCCUCAUUUUGCCCACCUCUGCACUUGUAACAGACAUACUCACGACAGCACUCGUCCUUUUAUGGAAAACUGUAGAUAGUCAAGGCUGCUCAAACGGUUCAUGAGUGUAUAAAAGGCGUGUGAACAAGCUGGCAACAUGCUAGUGAAAAUCAGUGUGUUGUGGUGAAUAUUUUAAUGAUAUGCCUCAGAGUUCAGAUCCAAAACAUGCAGCACAGCAUUCUCUCCCCAAAGUGCAUAUUCUGACUUGGCUGUAUCACCAGAACGCCCAGUGUGGAGAUUUAAGGUGUGCAGUCAAAGGCCGCUUCCUAACACACUUUUGUCCACGAGGAGAUUAGAUUGUACAUUUUACAGCUUUACACUGACUCACUCGCAUAAUGGAGUGUUUCGCUCUCACAGGAGCCUGGCUGAGAUUUCAAUCUGUGACCUUUCAGUCAUGGUGCUCUUCCUGAACCACUCCGCCUCCUGCUGGCCUGGUGAAGCGCUGCUGUCCACUGUGACAUGUCCCCGCAGCUUUCUGACAGAGUCCUGGGGCCACGACGGGGGAGCGGCUCCAGCUCACAGCAAGCGGCAUUUUUCAUAUUUAUUCCUGUUUUUGAGGGCUUGGGGAUCAAAAAGAACUUGAGCCAAUAGCGAGUCUUUGUGAACUUCCGGAACAGUCUGUGCUUUUUUUUUUGUUAAAUCUUACCCUUUGAAAAGAUUUGUGUACUUUUUAUUAGACUUUUAACAUUGUAACAUUUGAUUUGUCUUCAUUUCUCCUGUGUUGUGCACUGUCAUUAGGAUAUGCAGAACACAUUAAUUGUUAUUAGUUUCUGCGGUUGUUUGAUGGCCACCCCAGGAAUGAAAUUGCGCCACCUGGUGGUCGGCAUGAAGUUUUGGGCAGCUUCUGUGGGUUUUCCCUUAACAGCUUUGCUGGGAGUGUAACAUGUGAAAUAGCAAAGAGCUAAAUGGGGGGGGGUGUAAGCAGACCUGGGAGCAUACACUGGGGGUGAUCGGAGCCCAGUCCUCCAAAGCACUGCUUCUCUUUUAUUUAUGGGCCUGUGGCUGGGCUUUCUGCGAAACCUGAGUUGGCAACUGAGCGACCCAACGGGCUCCGCGUUUCCAGAACCUUCCGCCGGCGCUGCUGUUUCACGGGCUUCGAUUCCUCUUUCAUUAAUCAAACGCUGAUUGGUUCCAGGUGCCGGAUAUGGCUGAGUCUCCUCUGUGCUCCGCUCUCCCUUCCAAACCACCCCAGACCUGAUCCGGAGAUUCCUCUUCCUUCGCUCGCUGUGCUGAAUCUCGUGUCUCUCCAAGCAUCUCAGAAUGACAGCCGCCUGUGUGAUGCCCUCAAAUCCUGGCCAGCUCUGAUUUGGUGAAUGCUGCACCCCACCGUAUGAACCGGAUAUUUCGGUUCGAAGGCUGAAUUAUGUGUGAUGUUGUUUUUUGUGUGUGUGUGUGUGUGUGUGUGGGAGGGGGGGGGUUACCAUGGUUGUGGUCGGGGGCACUGCUUGUGUGUGCAGUGUCCUCUGCUCUGAGGACUGUGUGGAGAGACUUGCUUGGGCAGGUCAUGCCAUACAGGAGAGAGACACACAGCUGCACAUACUGGUACACUGCUGUCCUUCCCUCACCACAGCUGCACAUACUGGUACACUGCUGUCCUUCCCUCACCACAGCUGCACAUACUGGUACACUGCUGUCCUUCCCUCACCACAGCUGUACAAACCACCCAGACACUCACGACGCUUUGUGCAGACACACACACUCACUCAGGCACACUGACACUUUCCCACACACACACACACACACACACAUCCAUUCACACUCACACACUCUCAGUCAUCCCUGUUUACCUGUCACAUCAUUCUCCAAUAUUUCUCCUCAUCUAGUUUGGACUAUGUGCUCAUCGCAUCAUAAUUAUCAUAUUGUCUAAUAAUGUAAAUAUGUAUUUGAAAAUGAAAUCUAUUUUUCUAAGUCGUUUGAAGAAGGUGUCAAAUACGUCUGCUCACUGUGUUUGGAUUUUCCUGUUGAGAUUAGGGACAUCGCCAAGGGACUCAGAUGUUUGGAACAAUUUUUUUUUUCUUUUUUUUUUUCUGAUGAUUUGUACUUGUUAUAACACAGAUGGCUGUUGCAAUAUGAAAUGUCUCAUUAAAAAGGGCAUUGCAGUU